UCCUCUCUGUCGUCCACUCUCUUUCUCGCUCCGGCCGGCUCUCUCUCUCUUUUUCUCCCUCUCUCCCUCUCGCUCUCUCUCUCUCUACCCCCUUUCGUCGUCGGCGUGCCGAAGCCCCGGCAAGGUAUACCGCUGUAAGUCCUCCAUGAUGCACGCCAUAGAGCGCACCGCGGCCACCGUAAGACAUUGCGCCACCAGUGUCUUGCCUUGCCUUGCCAACGUCCGACGCCGCUGCCGUCGCCGUUCAGACCGACCGCCGUCGCGUAUCUACUCGCCAUAUCCUCCGGCUAAUAUAUCCUCUACCCGUUCUACGCGAAACAACAUCGUCACGGGAUAACAGAGGAGGAGAUUUCGACGUGGCCGCUAUUGAUCCCGCUCCCUUCCUGCUUUCCUCGGAUCAGGAAACCUCUGGGAUUAUUCCUCCUCCUGGGGACAAGAGUCGCGGGUUUCCCUCUCUUCCCAUCCCGUAUCGCGGAGUGAACAAUUUUGAACACGAGAAUCUGACCAGGGAGUCCAGGUUGGCGGGGGUCCGUCCAAAUCGGAGGUGAAACUGUGAUUGAGUCCAUUUCUUCUUUUUCUUUUCCUUUUCUCCUCUCCCCCCUCCCAGGAGAGACCAAUUUUCCCAGGAAGCGGACAAGUUUUUCGCCGAGUUUGAAGAACAUCCCGGUGGGUGUUCCAGGAGAAAGGGCGGAAGGGAGGAAGAGAUUCGAAGAGGCUCUUCCUCGCGAAAUAUAUAUCCGGCUUCUUCCUCUCUAUCUAUCUAUCUAUCUAUCUAUCUAUCUAUCUCCUUCCUCGCUCUCUUUCUCGGGUAAAAACAAAUUCCCGUCAGCCGACCAACCGACCGACCGACCGACGAGAGAAUUCGAGGAGAUCAGCGCACCGAAGGUGGUGCACACACCGAGGUAGUCUCUCUGAAAGAGGAACACGAAGAGGGUUCCCUCCUCUUUCCCCACCUUUUCCUCCGCCACUCUACCUACCGCUACCUCCAUCUCCUCCUUCCUCCACCUCCACCACGCGUACAGUCGUACGGUCGCCGGCGAGCAAUACGGUUUACGGCCGCGUGACACUGUCCCGGACAACAUCGGCGUCCACGAACAGCUGGAUCCACGUUCCGAUCGAUCCGACUCGGAUCCUGCAACCUCCUCCUCCUCCUCCUCCUCCUCCACCUGGUGCACGUAGCAUUCCACGAUGCAUCCGUGUCGUAUCCGUUGCGUUUAACCUCGAUCGAAAAAAUCCAUGCCAGCUAUCGAACCAAAUUCCGAAAAGAUACCUCCGCCAAGGGUUUACGACACCUUCGUCUCGUGAGAGAGAGGGAGAGAGGGAGAGAGGGAGAGAGAGAUAGAGAAAAGAGCGCUUCUCUCUAACUGUAUAUCCUCCGUAUAUCCCGCGGAAUAUAUACGACGACUGUUGGAUCGUGGUUGUAUCGACGUGUAGUGUGCAGUAGUUGGUAGCGGAGCCAGGAGAGCAACGCGACAAGGGGACAAGGGGAAUUAGUGAGUGAGUGAAGAAGAAUAAGAAGAAGAAGAGACGACAACGACGACGACGACGACGAAGAGAGGAGCGUCGGCCUCGUUCGUUGGUUCGUUGGUUGGUUCGGACGAGGAGAGAAAAGAAAAGCGCGGUGCAUAUAUGGCCGGCCAGGUGGCAAUCUCUGGAAGAAGCUAGCGGAACAUACCGUGCCCGUGUUCGGUCGCGAGUGAGAGUGUUUUUCGCGUGUAAACGCUAGCGUGGCGGCGUCCGUGGUUCUCGCGAGACGUCAACAUCUGGUAGCGUGUAUCCGGCCGCCCGAGCGCGUGCACGUCCCGUUCCCCUGGCACACGGCCCCCUAUCCGCCUUCCUCUGCCUCUCUGCAUCUCUUCCGCGUGCUAUCUGCACGAGUUCCCUUCCAGGAUUGUUCCCGUGCGCGAGAAUACCUCUACCAAUACCUUGUCGCUACACGCCUCGUAUACACAUACGUGAAAGAAUCGAAUGAUUCGAAGAAGAAGAAGAACCGACGUCUCCUGUUCCAUCGCGGUACAACGCGUAUAACGUAUCAUAUCGCGGUAUAUUUCCCACUUUUUUCCCCUCCCAAGAGGUGGUGGAAGGAAACAAGGCUGGAAGCCGUUUUCCAGCAUGCCGUGGACGGACGCAGGAACGUCCUCGAGCAACGUUUUGUGACCGGAUUCUUGGUGGCAGCCGUAGAGAUCCUCGCGCAGCCCAGUGUCCAGUCAGCUGUCGAGGAUUAUAUUCCCGGCCAGGUUAUCCCCCAGCGGUGUUGGACGUCCAUCUUCUAUUCGCAGAGGAGACAUUGAGCAUGGUCACCAAGAUGAAUUGAAGAAUCUGCGACGAUUCAUGGUGCUUCAAGACGAGCUGUAUCGGAGCUGACUUGUUUUCCUGCCAGUCGGGUCGAAGCCCGAACUCAAGGAUGCCGUGGGUGAGGAGACAAAUUAUCCACCACCACUGAAACCCACCCCUUGACCGCCUUAAAACGAAUACUGCCAGCCGCGCAAGACCAUCGAUAUCGAAACGAAGCGUCGCAACAGAUCACCAGGACGAAGCACCAAACCUACCCCAUGGAUCUAACCGAGGCAUUCGCCCCGGGAGGGGGUGGAGAGGAGCUGCCAAAGACCGAUUUCUUCGACUUCGUCGUCUCUCCACCUCCCCACUGCGCCUCCGCAGAUGGCGUGUCGGACGAAGAAAGCUUCCUCCAUCGCACCACCUGCAGAAGCAUCGGCUACCUUCAACAAGGUCACGAGGAGCACGAGACCAGUCGGGAACUCCAUGGCUCUCCAUUCAUCAAAGAAACCAACAACAACACACUGACAGCUUUACCACCUGUCUCGACUAUCACCGGCUCCCUCAGCCACCAUCAUCAUCACCACCACGUGAGGACGCAUCACAGCGCCUGCAACGUUCAACAGAGCAACGAACAGACACCGAUGGACCAAUCCGACUGCGAUUAUUGGGGCACGGACGAGAGCAAGGAACAAACCUGUAACAUACUCCUGGAAGAUCUGAACAAAUACUGUUGGUCGGCCCACGCGAAUGCGCAGAGCCACGGAAACGACAACGUGAAUGUUCACCAGGGCUCGAACGAGCAUCACCAAGGGGUAGGUCGAGGAUGCUCGGCGAACGACAGACAGAACACCGACGGGGCGAUAUACACUCUCACCGUGUUGAACAACGAGGCAAACUCGAUGGAUGCGCUGGACUGUUGCAAGAGUCCAGCGCCCACGUCAAGCGACUCCUGGUCGCUCAGACCUAACCUAGAUCUGGACGCUAUACUGAGCAUGGAACCAGCUUCCACCGAGCAGGAACACGACCAAUCCAAUACCGUGACAGAGGUUUCGCGGACGGUGAACGACAGGUUUCACCCGGAUCGUUUCUCCGUUGCUUCCUCGCAGUACGCCACUGACGACAGCGGGUUCGUCGAGAGCAAGGAGCUCUGCGGCCGAGGGGCGUCCAGCGGCGGCAAUUGUACCGGUGGCGACAACAACAACGAUUGGAAGCUGUCAGAUCAAAAUCUGCAGGAGGCUGCAGCCGCUGCCGCGGCCGCUGUCGCGGUCGGCGCCGGCGAUUCUGCCGAGAGCCUUCUCAGGAGCGCUCUUCAAGGCAAACUGUACACAGGCCCUACCCAAGUGGUGUCAUCCUCGUCACCGACCACCCAAGGCUCCGCUAUAUCGAUGCCUGUUACGAGCAACGCCAGUUUGCAGAUAGUCUCUGAUCAACAGCAGCAGCAGCAGCAGCAGCAACAGCAACAACAACAGCAACCGCAAACGCAGCAGGACGAAUCCAUGCAUACGUGCACCGACGAGGACUUGUUACUCUCCCAACUAGACCAAACGACCUAUCGCCCCGGCGAUUACGAGAAGCUAAAGAGCAUAGCCAACGAAGUGGUGGAGUCUUACUGCAGCCUGGAACCGGUUUGCAACGUAUCUGCAACGACCACGGUUAUGUACACGUUGGACCCAACCAGUGGUAGCCUCGGCACGAUCACGCUGCCCGCAGAUCUGGGUCAAGUGAGCACGGUUACGGUGGUGACAGCGGCUCAGCAGGAGGUUCUCCAGCAACAGGCGGCUCCUCGAACGGAGGUGGAGCAGCAACAGUCCGCCAACCAACUUCAAAUAACACCCUCGCGAGUCGUCACGACGAAAGCCCCGAAAAAAUACUGUCGACGCACAAACAGGAACAACAGCAACGCGAACGCGGCCAGCAAUGGAAGCAGCGGUUCUGAAACAGGUGGAAAUACGAGUGGGCAGCAACAGGGUGGUUCGGGCGGCUCGCCGGGCAGCGUUCAACGGAAGGAGCGCUCGUUGCAUUAUUGCAGCAUCUGUAGCAAAGGUUUCAAGGACAAGUAUAGCGUGAACGUUCACAUCAGAACGCACACGGGCGAGAAACCGUUCGCCUGUUCCCUGUGCGGUAAGAGUUUCCGGCAGAAGGCACAUUUAGCGAAGCACUACCAGACCCACGUGACGCAGAAGCCCAGUGUUCAGCAACAGGCGAGCGGCAGUGGCGCCAGUAACAAUGGAAAUAGCGGGAAUCCAAGCCCAUCUGGCGAGACGAGCGGCACGACAACGAGCACCGUGACGAACAGGAGUCAAUCACACCAGGUGUCGGUCGAUCCCGCGGGGAACGCCUGUAAUCCACCUAGUUAGUCGCGUUGGAUGGGCCAAACAACCUACUUCCGGUUCCCAACGUCCGAUUGGAUUGCAGUUAAUCCUUGCUACUCCAUUUAUUCUAAUUCCCGGUGGCACGGUGCGGAAAGUGGAUCGGCGAUUUUGCACGAUGGUGAUGGUCAACGAAAGGAUACACCGUGCGAGUCUUCCUUUUUUUUUUCCUCUCUCCUUUAUUACUCUCUAUAUAUCUAUUUCUGUUCUCUGUUCUUGCUUAUUUUUUCGUAAGUUUUUUCUCUCCGUUUUUUUUCUUCUUUUCAUAUUUUCCGUCCAUCGAUCAGAAUCUUCGUUCGGUUCGAGAAUUCAGGAUAAUUUACGAUGACUGAAGAAAUUGCAGGAUCCUGGCAAAGAGCUAACCAUGACUAACGUCGAGCAUCGUGAGAUCGAUUAAAGUAUUGAUUAAUAUUAAUUUUUUCCUUUUUUUUUUUUUUAUUAAAAAUUAUAUCGCUAUCUCAUCUUAGCAGGAUAAUAUUAAGACCGUUCUCUCAUCGGUCUGGAUAUUUAUUUGAGUUGCAUGUUGUAUGUCGGAUAGCACAGGGACGUUUUAUAGCGUUUUAAAGACAUCUGGUAAAAUAUAUAAAGAUGGAAAAAAAAUUAGAGUUUAAAAAUUAAAAAUCAAAAGACGAUUCUACUUCGAAUUAUAAUGAAAGAUCAAUUGAGAGAAUCGCAAGUUUAUCUGUGAUAAAUUAUCAUCAAAUAACAUCUUCCAUCAUCAAAAUAUUUAUACGUAAUUGGUUUUCAAGCUUUAGAAUUAUAUCUCGUAUAUAUCUCAUAUCCCCUUUAUAAUUCGAAUGGUGUUCUAAACGGUGCAAGAGUGUUCGAGAACCUAGAACUCCUCAUAUAUUUCUCGUAGAGAAAAUAAUUAAUAAUUAACAAUAACGUGCUUAUUUCAUUUUUCCUCUUAUAUAACACAAUCACCAAUUGUUUAUCGUAUAAAAAUAAUUAUUCGUGAAACAUUGUUUAAGUAAAGGAUAAGUAAAAAAUUUGCACCAGACAUCUUUAAGACGUUCGAGAUUUAAAAACGAACUCCAUAAUAGACAUCUUUUAGACGUCGUGUGCUGUCUGGGACGAGUUGCACGCAGCGGUGCUCACGAGUUAUGCGAGAAAGCGCGAGCUGGUAACCGCUGGUAGCCGCAGAGAUCCCACGAAGAAUUUAACGAGCCACACUGUAGAACAUUCCUUCGGACGCUUUCUUUUCUGGGCGUUCCCGAUCGUACCCUUGUCUUGCGCGUAACAGCGAUUUAUCAAUCGCGGAAAACCGUCCGUAGAAUCGCGAUCGGAUCGCGGUUUAUCGUGAAUUUAUCCAUGGGAGUGCAAGGAGGAGCUUCUGAUGACCUUUGUAUGGCUGUUGUUCCUAUCGCCAGUCUAAGUUUCCGUAAUAUUAUUCUAUGAUUGUGAUGCCAAUAUUAACGACCCGUGUGUAUGUCGUGGUCGGGAACUUGAAUUGGCGAUGCUCGUGAGUGAAAAGUGAAUUAAAUCGAUAUUACGUUACGAUCGAUCGAUAAGUUCCGUCGAUAAGUUCACGAUGAUAUUAUAUAGGUUAUAAGGAGGCGAGCAGAGAUCGCCAUUUAUUUUUUUAUUCUCGUGAUUAAUUAUUUCUCGUUCGAUGUCAAUUGGUCGAGGCCGUUCGAAGGAAAGUAAAGUAAUAAUGAUCGAACGAUUAAUAAAGAAAAAAAAAGAGAUAAAUAAUAAACAGUGAGAAAGUAAAAAUGGAAGAAGGAGAGAACGAAACGAGUUGGGUAAGUUCCAACGAACUGCCUUCAAAUUGAUCAAUUGAUUUCGGACGAGGUAUAGUCGAAUCGUCGAUCGACAGUGGGUGCACGAUACGAUUCAGUUCGCGAUACGAGAACUUGGUGAAAUUGUUGUUCCUAAGACGACUUAUUGCUGUUUCAAAACGAGGGACCACGUCGACGAUGAUAGCGCACAAUUGAUCGAUAUUUAAUACCGCUACGAGAUAUUAACGUUGAUGAUAUUUUUACAAAGAAGAUUCUUCUUCAUCUUCUUGCUCUUUCUAUUUCUCAUUUCUUCUUCUUUUUCUUCUUCUUCUUCUUCUCCUCUUUUUCUUUUUCUGUCUUUGUUAUAUUUUUCUCUCUCUCUCUCUUUCUCUCUUUCUCUCUCUCUCCUCUUUUUUUACUUUGCAUACAUAUGUAUACACUCAUACACACAUACACAGAGACACAUAUUAGACUAGAGGAGGUAACGUAGAAUCGGUAAGUAAUCAGAGAGAGAGAUAUAUAAUGUUUAGAAGUAAUUAGUAGCACGAGCUGUGAUUUAGAUACAUACUCAACGCGCGAGGGCCACGAUCGACCCUGGUUCACAGGCGAUCGCGUGUCACGCCGUCUGUUAUUCGUAAGAGAGUGAAAGCGAGACCGUUCAAACGCACGAUUUUGCGAAGAAUUUAACCUUCGAUAUACAGUCUUAGAGCCGGAUCAUUAUGCACGAACCUCCUUCGGAUCCUAUGGAAAUUUCCCUUUCAGCUAGAUUCCGUCGAGUUUCUGGCUCCCUCUGUCGUCUAUUCUUUUUUUUUUUUCACCACACUCUGCCUUUUGGCGGGUCGUUCGAAUACUGCCUGUGAGAUUCCACGAUGUAAAGAACUGCGCCGUUUUUUUUCUUUCUUUCUUUUUAUUUUUUAUUAUAUUUUAUUAAUAUAUAGCGUACGAAGUUUUCAUCAAAUUUGGAUCAAAUUUGCUCAAUUUUAAUAGAUUUCUCGUUUCGAUUCACGAAAGAAUUGGGUGAUUUGAGUUCGUUGAAAAUCACUUCCAUUGACUUUUUUUUUUAAUACGAAAUUGAUUUUGAACGAAGCAUACAUCGAUUCUUUCUCACCUCGAUCGCUCAGAGAUAUAACUAUGAAAGAAAAGACAAAAAAAGAAAAAAAGAAAGGAACGAGUUCGGUUAUCAAAUAGUGAUUUUUUUCAAAACUGCCUUUGACCUUUGAACGACUGAAUUUCCUUGGUCGUAUCGUUUUAAACAAUGAAAAAUUAACGAUCGGUUAAUUGGCGCGGUUCCCUCAGUGUUCAAAGUCGCGAUGCUCAUUGUCCUUUCGUGUUCACAGCCGUGAAUCCUGUUCUCCACCAGUACAAGUAAUAAGUUCUUGUCCAAUUUAUAUUAGGUAGAAAUAAAAACUUUUAUAUAAAAAAAUAAUCUUUUUAAAAUAAAAAUCUCUCUAAAAUAGAUAUUUUAUUUAUCCGCGAUCUAAAUUAUAUUACAAACUUUUUUUAAAUAAGUUUUCCUCUCGAGCAAAGUUUGGAUUUUUAAUAAUAAAUUAUACGUGUCGUUAUUAUUUAUACAGGGUUAGUAAUUAAUAUGGAAGAUCUUUGGAAGAUUUAUAAAAUAUGUGAAUAUACACGAAAAUUUGGUAUAUAAAAAUGUUAAUUCAGGUUUAUUUGUCAAGUUACGCGCGAGCGAUUUAAGUUUGCGUUAGUUAGAGCGAGAUAGAGAUAGAGAUGGCGCUGCGGUAGAGAUGCAACCAUUCGCUCUAUCUCCCUCUCGCUCCAUCAUCGAAAACUUCAAUUGCUCAUAAUUUAAUAAAUAAAAGCCUCGAUAAACGUUGAUUUUUUUUAUACUUUUAUGUUUAGUAUACAAAAUCCACAAGUGGAAAAAUAUAGGAACAUCUCUUAUGUCAAGAUAAAUAAAAUUAAUUGUUCUGUUACUUAAUAUUCCUGAAGAUUUAAUUAAAAUACGACGUUAUAUUGCUUAUCGCUCGAUUAAUUGCACAAAAUUAUGUACGAACGUACAAAAUCUUGACGCAAAAUCCCCUUCAUCAUAUCGUCCACGUUCAAUCAACAAUUAACCAUUUAAUUUCGAGUUAACCAAGCAAUAAAAGCGAGGAAAUCAGACAAGAACUUACCACUCAUCCUGGUCUCUAUCUCCCUCCAUCGAUCGCUUGAAAUAUUCGCGCCUCUUCCUACUCCGCUUGCGCCAUUGUGACGAGAGAUCUAUGCCAGAAACGAGGCUGUCUUCGUUCGUACACAUCGAGUUUUAUCUCCGCUCGUAAACUUCGAUUUCCAAUUAACGAUGUGCCGUUCACGAUCCAAGGACGAGAGCCACGGUGUGAAUUUCUUCUUCGCAAUUCAUGGGAUGGGAACAGAUUAGAUAGAUAGACAUCGCGAUUGGUAUUACAGAAUCUAUGCGGAAUUCAUUUCUUUUUUCCCUUUUCUUUUCUUUUCUUUUUUUUUUGAUUUUUUAUUUUCUCGUUCCUUCUUCAGAACGGAAUCUAAUUCAGUUUCUUUCGCUUCUUUGCGAAGAACUCCUGUGAGCAGAUUGUUGCUGGGGAAUGAUCGAUGAGGAUCGAAUCGGUGUUGGAGAUUUGACCCUUUCGUUCAUAUUAAUUGGAGAGGUAUUUGUUUAAUUACGAUUGCAAUUGGUGAGAUCGAUUUUAAAAGACAGGGAAUUUUAUCUCUUUUUAUUAUUUAUUGUGGAGAAUAAUUUUUUUUGCGGCAACAAAUAAUAGAGGUAUUUAAUAUUGGAACAUUGUGGUUACGUAAUAUUCUCGUGACUGUUUGGUAACGUUUUUCUUUCGAUUUUUACGGCCUAAUUACGGCCGAGACAUAGACUCCUAGAAACCAUGUAUCUGAUCGGUCAGAGAUAAACAACAUCGUGCAUGCUAAAUCUGGAAUUGCGAUUCUUUUUCGGCAUGAGUUUCAUUUGUAAUGGGGAAAGAUCGAUUGCUCGAACGUGAGAUUGAUAUUAAAAGAAAGAUAAUACAUUUUGGAGGAUAGGAAAAAUAUACGUAUAAAUAAGGUGUAAUGUUUGGAGAGGUUUAUAUAUAUAUACAUGUAUGAGGAUAAAAGAAGUAUAUCAAAAUUUAUGAAUCAUGUACAAAGUUAGGAAGAAAAUUGGAUAAAAUUUUAAAGAGUUACAAGCAAAUUUCUGAAGUAAAUACCAAUCAAUUUAAAAAAAUAUCACCAUUGCUUCACGAUUCGUAAAUCUUAAAAAUCUUUUUCGAAAAAUCAAAAUAUUUCGUCAAAAAUGCUUCGAAAUCAUGAUUUGAAGAUCGGCCAAAGCGUAACAGCCGCGGGAAAAAAGGAUAGCAUCGGCGAAACGAGCGUUGCAUCGCGGAGGUCAGAGAGUUUUAGAGAGAAUCCACGGUUGUUACGAGUACCGUCCAGGUAAUUACACGUUCGCGAUAUUGCGUUACGUGCAUGCAUUACGCAUAUACUACGCGAGAAAAACGAUAUGUCCUGCGGCGGACGAUAAAUUCCGCUCCACGCCGUGUGAUUUUAUCGUUUCUCAUCACUCGAUGCACCAGCGAUAAUUCAACAGAUUUUAGGAAUAUUUAUAUAAUCGACUUUUUCCAGGAUAUUAAUAUUUGGUAAAAGAAUCAUCUCUUUCGCGAUACCAUUCCUGUCUGAUUUACGUAAGAAUUAUUUAUUUAAUUUCUGAAAACAAUUAUUGAAAAAAUUAAUUGAGAUAUAUUUUUUAAAAUGGAUUAAAAUUUUAAUCCAAGAGAUUUCAAAUGUGAAAAAUUUUAGUAAGUUGUUAAAAUAUUUGUGAAAUUUUCAGAAAGUUGAUUAUUAGGUUAUAUUAAGUUGUGAGCAAUUUAAGUUUCCGUUGGAUGAAGCGAGAUGGGAAUAGAGAUGGCGCUGGGAUGAAGAUAGAGCUGUCUCGCUCCAUCUCACAGUUUCAAAAUUGUCGUAAACUAUCUUACAUAUGCUCACGGAAUUAAAGUAAUUGCAAAUGUUUCGAAAAUUGACACUACACGAAACUAUUCUCGUUUUACAAUUAUUCUAGUUUCGUUUCCUUUUUCGCAAUCAGGUUAAUAAGAUACUUUCAUAACGUUACACGAAACUGAACCGUAAAAGAUUUACAUUUCUUAUAAUUUUCAUCAAACUUUUUACUUAUAGUUGUAACAAGAAUCUAUUUACGAACGAAUUUUCAUGAUCCUUACUUUCUGAAUAGAUUUAAAUCUUAAUUUGGAAAGAUCUGAAAAUUCGUUUGAAAAGAUUUUAUUUUGGAUAGGUUUCUAUUGACACGAUUUCGUGGAGAUUGUUGCGAAAUCUAGUUAAUUUUUUUACAAAAUUUACAAUUUAUUUCAUUUUUACAAUUUACCAUUAUUCUCAACGAUUACUCUGACUUUUAUGAACUCUUACGAAGGUAAAGAAAAACGGUGAUUUUUAGAAAAUUUUUACCACGAAUUUUACGAUCGUUUCUAUUACGCAAACGAAACUAGUAGUAACAAGAAUUUCAUGAAGUUUUAUGAAUUGGAGCGAGACUUUCGAGGAAUUUCUCGUCGUAUUUUAAAACUUUAUUGAAUUUGAUUGGAUAAUUUUACGAACAUUCAUGAAAUUGUCAAAAAAAUUUAAUUUUUAUCUUGAUUUCCAUGAUCAUUCUGAAAGUUUUUAAUAUCUCAACGGAUCAAUUAACCACGGUAUACAAAAUUAAUUCUUUCAUUAUUAUAUUUAUGCCUCUGAAUAUCGAAUAAUUAUUUAUAAUUAAAAUAUUCUUUCAGAGAUGAUUCAUAUUUUAAAUUAAUUUGUUAUUUUCGUUAAUAUUUAUUGAUUGAAUUAAGACAGAUAAAAAAUUUUAAUCAAAACACGCAUAACCAAGAUAAUAAAUCUGAAUAAAAUAUCAAUUUAUACUUUCAACAAAUCCUCGAGUAAAUACUCAAACUCUAUAUACUUUAAUAAUAUAUAAUUGUUCAAAGAAAAAGUAACAACUUUUUCUUUGUUCUUCGCACUUUCAAACAAAUGAUUUCUCAUUGCAAAAACACAUCUUCAGUAUACUUUUCCCAAUAUCAAAUUCGCGCUAUCUUUUCCUUGUGAUCACAAGUAAAUAAUAUUCAUAAUUUGUCCAUCAAUUUCUGUAAAAGUAAAAUUAUUUUAUUACCAUUCGUUUCGUUCCGAUUCGUAAACAUUCAAAUUUAUUUUACACUUUUUUUCCUCAACUCGACUCCAAUAGUUAAAUGUUGAUUGAAGUUUCAAGACUGAUCAAGCUUGUAUUUUAAUAAGUAUUCACUUCCACGUCAUAUAUAUAUAUAUAUGAUGCAGUCUUUAUAUAUAUGUGUGUGUGGCAGAUAAUCUCGAAGAAGAGUCGUAUGGAAAAAUUUCUUGUAUUGCAAAGGACGUCGCUCUAUUUGUGGUCACUCCUUUUGCGGUCGCGGAAAACUGGUAGCAGCUGUGGUUGAGCAAACAAUUUGACGAACACCAACAGGACGAUGUUAUUCACAGCUGCUCCAGUUGUGGUUGUGAAAUUGGUGCAAUUCUGAAAUUCUUUUUUUUUUUCGCGUAGAUUUAUACAUAACGUUAGAUAAAUAGUGUUGGUGAAUAAAAUAGUGUUAACGAUUGACUGCGAAUUGACUUUGUAAAAAUGUAUAUAUAUCUUUAUAAAAUUUUAUUAAAUUUCACAAUUUCUCACGUUUAUCGAAUACGGAAAGGAAAAUGUUCACUCCAUCAUCCAAUCUAAACACAAAUUCUUCCAACUUCGUCCAUAUCUUUACCUUGAUAUCUCGCUACACACUGCAACAGUUCACAAAUCUCCCCAAACACAGUCAAUCUUCACCCAACACCUGCCUCUACCCAAGAUCUAUUACGGCAUCUAUUCCAACCACUAACAGCCUUUCACGCCGGCAAAUUACCCUAAUCUGAUCUACAUUCGCAAGUGGAACAUCCACUAUAAACGAUUCAUAACCCUGCAUCCGUUUCACCGAUCCCCAGACAUCACGAAUUUUAUCUCGCGUGUAAUGGAACCGGUCUACUUUAUCGAUUAUUGAAAAUUUACCGACAGAUAUAUCACUCCUGCCAUCUAGCGGUACUCAUCGACUAUGCAGUCUUCUCCAGAUCCCAUCCAAGAUCACAAAGAACUUCCACAACGGUUUCCUUUCAUUUUUUUUUUAUUUCUUUUCUCUCUCUCUCUCUUUCUCUCUUUCUCUCUCCUCACUUCCAGCAGUGGUAACCCGUUUCCGCAAAAAAAGCCUUUCUGACCGACCAGGUAUCGUUUUCUCGCAGGUGCACUCGUGAUACUAUCUUUGCUCGUAACUUCGUCAGGAACAGGCUAUCAAGGAUAAUAGAACGCAACCUCGGUGGCGUUUGAAGUAUAGUUCCAGAUGGAUUUCCAUCUAUCUUCCUAGCCUGUCUCCUCCUCUGUUACGUUUUACCGGUAUCAUUAGUCAGUUUUAUGGGAUAAAUCGUGACAGAGAGGAAACCGAUACGAAACCGGACUCUCGCCUGUUCCUUCAGAGAUCGCGAACGAUCCGUGAAGGGAUUCGAAUCGCCCGCUCGAAUUUCUCAUCGCGAAAUAUUAUCAAUAACGCUCUAUCCAUCGAUCCUCCGUACAGAUUCCCGAUGGAUAAUGUCAAGAUAAUUGCUGAUCGGGGGGGGAUAAGGACUUGGACUCUCCCUAAUCUCAUCCUUUCCAUCACUUUCGCCUCGACUCGUUUCCGAGAUAACGUUUUAAAACGAUAAUUAACCGACUAUCGCUGACCCGUUUGUGAUCGAGCGAUUUUCAAGACGUUGCUUUUUUGUUUUUGCAUUUGGUAAAAUAUUUUUUGUAUAGUUAUAACAAUAAUAAUUUUUAUAUAAUUUGUUUUCAACAGUUGUUUCCCAAUUGAAUGAAAUAAGAAGAGGAAAGUCGAAUUUGAUUUAUUAAAAUAUUUGUUAUUAUAAUUGCAGAAGAAGAAAUUGAAUUAUUGAAGAUUCUUCUUUUAAAUAAUAAUCGUGAUAACAGAUGAAGAAUUGAUUUCUCGUAAGAAAACAAAUUGAAUUUUUUUGUUUGUUUUGUUUUAGAGGGAAAAAAAGAAACCUGGCAAUGUAUUAAAUAUGGUACAAGUCAAUAAUUAUCUGUCAUCAAAAUCCUCUCAAAUCACUGUAAAAUCAAUAGAAUGUGAAACAAAUACAACAUUAUCAUCUAUGGCAAAUCGUUAACUAUAAAAUCAAACAUAUAUAUUUUCUAUAUUUCUUCAAUAUAUUUUACAUUCAGUGGCUGAGCAUUAACUUAACACGACUAAUGUUUCUCGUUGAUUAACUAGUAAAUAUUCGAAGGGUGAUGCGAUAAUUCCCGGAGUCCAUUCUUAAUGAUGCAUAGCCAAUUUACCAUUGGAAGUCACUGAUGACUACUGAUGGAUCAAAUAUGACGUUAGAUCUAUUAGGUUCUAGAUAUCUUGUUUCAAUAACGAUAAGAAAUUUCUUUCCAUCCUUUCAUCGAAUUUAUGGAAAGAAAUACGAGUCUCAAAUCAUCAAUUAAAUUGACAAGAAAGCGAUUGCCUUGAUUGGUCGCUAGAUGACUCUCGUGAUAGUGUUAUCGACUCGUAAUUUGGAGACUGGCUGUUAGUUAUUGAUUAGAUGUAUAAAAAAAGAAGAAGAAAGUUAUGAUAUGGUCUAUAACAUUCAUGUUGAUUAGAAAGUAGUUGGAUUUUAAUUUAGAAAGAUUUAUGGAGAAAGAAUUAAAAAUAUACAAGUCUUUGAUAUAAGAAAGUUAAUGGAAGAUAGAUUUACAUUGAAAUUAAAAUAUCACUCAUAUUUAGAAUCGACUUAUAUUUUGUUCCAGCUUAUUGUUCUUAGUUUUGUGUAAUUCUAUUGUUAAAUAUAAAUAAUUAAGUCCAGAUCUUAUUGUACAAAUAUCAGAAAGUCAAUGUUGCAUCAUGGAACUUAAAUAAAAUUAUCUUUCUUAUAAUUUAAAUAGCGUUAAAAAAAAAUAAAAAGAGAAAUAUUCUGAAGAUGAAGUAGAUGAAGUCCUGUAUACGAAUAUUUCAUAGAUUAAAAAUUUGAAUAUUCAACAUUUCUUUUAUCCUCAUAUAAAAUAUUUUAAAUAUUUUAAAUAUUCCUUCUACUAUAAAAUAUUAGAUAUUAAAUUAAAAUCUAAAGAAAGUAAUAAAACAACGAAAAUAAAUUUUCAAUAAUUUUCUAUAAAUUAUAAUUAAUUAUAUAAUUCUCGAAAGUCUCGAGCCUUCCAUUCCACACAUGAUUAAUCAUACAAUCAACAUGAUUCUUCAGCAACGUCAUUCUCAUUCUAAAAUCGAUACUCGUUUAUCCCUGGAUACUCUCUAUAUGCACAAAAAUCAUUCUUUUAUUUACUUACCCGACGUUACUGAACGUUGCUUAAAAAAAAAAUAAUAGUAAAUUAAAAAAAAAAACAAAACAAAAAGGAGAAAUCGUGCAACUACGAGAAAGAAACUAUGUACAACAUGAUUUCUCGUCGAAUUAGAUCUCGAUGUGCCGAGUGGAAGUUCCAGGAAAGCCUUUCAACGCAUAAAUAUUCUAAUUAAGCGCAUAAUUAGCGAAUAACGAAAGGAUGAAUUAUCGGUAAACGGUCAACUGUAUUUUCAUACGUUAUCACGACAACAAUAUCUUGUCUCGAUAUCUCUUUUAUCGCGUUAAUUAAGCCGGGCCAGCUGGUACACGAUUGUCGGAAAACUUACUCACUUACAAUUCCGAUCGACUCGAUCAUAGAGAGCACGCCUAAUUGACUCAUUCUUGACUAUUACCGGUGUACACAAUUUAGAAACGAAUGUUUCUAAAUACGAUUCGAGUGGGUAGAUGUCCGAUAACGGCUCUGUUAAACUGCAAAUUCGUGCAUUUGCAAGAUUAAACUCUCGGACAGAAGGCUAUUUGGAACGACUAUUAUCUCGACGCUUAAAGGUUAAGUGAAAAUGGCGGAAGGGGGAGGUGAAAAUGGAAGUUGUGUGUGGUAUUAAUAUUGUAUGAGAUUUGAGUGGCUUGGAAUAUAGGUUAGAAGAUAUCUCUAUCGUUGAUUUUUUUUCUUUCCAGUUUUUGAAUGAAUAUAAAGCAAGAUAUUAGAAGAAUAAAUGUAAAAAGAGAAGGAAAUUUAUGAAUAGAGCAAGAUAUUAGAAGAAUGAAAGGAAAUUUAUGCAGGUGCAAUACGUAUUUUUUGAAGAGAUUUAUAUAUCCUUGUGAAAAUUUAAAUUAUUUUAAAUCCUGAUCUUUUUCGUUGAGGAUAUGAAAUAAAACGAAGAUUCAAAAUCUUUUGAUUAAUUCCAGUAUUAUUUUUAAAGUAUUACAUGUUUUAUCAUGAACUUAAAAAGUACGACACGUGCAACGACUCUAAUUAUUCAGGAAUGAAAACUGUCCGCACACGACCCGACUUAUGACAUUUGAAACAGCAUAAAGAAUUAUAAGGGAGCAGUCUUAUGUAAAAUUCAUCGAUAGUGUUCGAUGCGUUGAAAAUAUUUUAAGCGUAUUGAUGUUUGAAAUAUAAAAAAAUGAAUAUAAUUUUUUACCUUAAUUAAAACAACUCUCUGAGGAACUCAAAUAUUCUUUUACUUAACAUCUGAAAUUUAUAUAUUUUUUUUUUUAAUUUUUCAAUCACACUUCAAAUUUCGAAUAGGAUUAUUAGAAAAUUAUUGGAAGCAGACAUUGAAUAAUUUCGACAAUUUCAUAUAUGGACAUAAACAUAAUAAUCUUCAGGGAAGUUACUCUUAAUUCAACCAGCCUUCACAGAAAUUCAAUUUAUAAUAUCACAAGACAUACUUCCAAAUCCGUCUUUAAUUUUUCUUAACUAAUCAUUGCAAGUGAUGUUAAAUCUGAUUUCUACCAGAGCGUACAGGGUGUCCAACAUAUCUACAUAUUUUAAUUAGACACGUUUGAAAAACAUAUUGAAAUAUUUAUCAAAUUAUAAGCAAUAAAUAAAAAUUUAUGAUUAUAUCAUUAGAUAAAACGAGACAAAGAUAAAUAAGUUUCAAUUUUCUAUAUUAAAAAAAAAAAUACUUUUCCUUCGAUUCACUCAAUCAUUAAAAUUCUUCAAUAAUUAUUUCCAAAUAAUUUUUUCCUUAUGAAAUAUAACUCACUACCACAUCCAACGAAAUACACAACUAUCACAAUUAUCGAGGAACGAUGGUUUCUUCAACUUGAUUGAAAAAAAGAACAAGAAGAGGAACAGAUGGAAUCAGCGGUGCUCCAAUUAAUAGGCCGAGCGAGGCCUCCCCAGAAAAAUAGCGCCAUCUAGAUCUAUUCACGAGAGAUGGAUCGAUAGCCAGUAAUCGGCGUGUGCCCAUGAAUUUCCUCUUUCUUCGCAGCUAUUCUUUAAAAUCGCGUUAGCUUGGACACACCGGCAAACUCUACACAUUUCUUGGGAUCCAAUAUGAUGAGAGCCGCCAUAUAAGGGUUACAACCGGUGUUUAAAGUCACUAGCGGCGCGGCUUUCACCAAUUUAAAGUCAGAUUGCGACCCACCCGGCUUCUAAUCGCCGCUCACUAUACCAACCAAUGAUCGUGUGCCCGGUAAUCGAUCCCUCGAUUUCGCUUAUAUAUAUAUAUAUAGCAAUGUCUUGCUACGAAGGACGAGUGGCUGUGAUUCUGUUACUCUGUCAUUAUGUCGUUUUAAUUAGGUCGAUCCUUUAAUUGUACCAGGAUGACAAUUGUACCAAUAAUUAUAUCUAUGAGAUAUUUUUUUUUUUUAUCCACUUUUCGUUUCAUGAACAAUGUUAAAAAUAUCCAUCUAUCGUAUCUAAAUAAGAGAUUGUAAUUGCAAGAUUAUUUUGGGCAAAAAAAGUUGCUUUAAAAACUCUGCCCUUAAACUUUCUAUCUAAAAAUCUAUGCUUUUUAAAGACUUUGGAAAAUUGUAACGUCCAUACGUGGUUUUAAUCUUUUUAAAUCUUAAAUAGAUUUACCCCUGGUGAUACAUAAUAGGGUGAUUGAUAAUUGAUUUCGAAUCAAUUUUGAACUUCAAAGUUCUUAUAUAAUCUGUUGAGUAUUGAAGAUUGAAAGUGGAGGAUAUUAGAGAAAGGAAUUUUAAAUAGGAAAGUUGAGUCGUAAAAGAGGAAUCUGUAAUUAUCUAGCUAGUAGAAACGAUUUAAUAAAUUCAUCGAUCAUAAUAUUUUUUCGAGAAACAUGUUAAUAAUAUAGAUCAUGAAUACUAGAUGAAAACAUGUUUCAUCAGUUACCUUGAUUGCUGUGACCUAGAGCCCCAAUCUUUCUACAAAUUUUAUUUUCAUCGAAUCGUGCAUUGAUGAAGUUUCUAAGUUUCCAUUGAAAUUUAAAAAUUAGAACGAUCAAUCUAUAUCAUAAUUCGCUAAAAGAAUAAUUGAAAAAUUUCAAAAACUAUAACAUCUAUCGAUAUUUGCUAACAACGAAAGGGUUAAUUCGUAAACUCAAACACCUUCCGCAUGCAUUGCUAGUAUAUAUAUAAAUAUAUACACAUACACACACACAUACACACACAUACAUACAUACAUACCUCCACGAGAAAUCUUUGUCACGGUACCCAUGGAGAAAAAAAAAAUUCAGAAACGUCGUGAAAUCUCGCAACGAUUUAUUCAACCGCACGGUUGGCCCAAGAUUUUUCAACGACAUUCGCAUUGUGGUCGACUAAUACCGCUACAGCGCGUUAACCUUCUGAAGGUAGGACGGAGGUGUGCCACACCCCCGUCUCUUUCGCCGUGAACCACGAGAGAGCCACGGGAGAGAUACUAACAAUGGCCUCUGUAGAUGGGAGAUUGGACGGAAAGGUGCAACGUUCACGUGCAAAGGUCGCCACGGUUGAAUCGGGUAAACGAGGAUAAUGUCGUGGCCCCCGACUAUCAUAGGUGAAUUUUAUUGCCACGAAAAAGAAGGCUUGCCGCAUCCUAGACGCAUCUAAAUGCGAUAUCUCCGUAUCGUGAAGGCCUAUUGUGCAUGGAGGAAACAAAGUCUUUCGUGCUAUGUUCGAAUAUUACAAAUUAUUAAACGUUGUGUGCAAUUAUGAGAUUGUAUUUUUUAGAUGGCGUGGACCGUUUCGUACAUUUUUGCUAGAAAAAUUAAAUUUUGUUCGAUAAUGUGUGCGCAAACAACGUGUACGGUUUGAUAAGUUGCAUGAAUUUCUUUGUAGGGAGGUAUGGUAUGUAAUGGUACGUGUAAUAUUUGUAAGUUGUUUUUGGAAAUUUGGUAGUUAUUUUUGUUAAAUUCCCUUCAAAUGGUAUUGUCAGGUGAUAGAUGAUUAUAACAGAUUGGAGUAGGUUAAUUUUUAAGUACUUAAUUUUAUUUUAUAUCAUAUAUUUUAUGUAGUAGUUAUCGUUAAUGGUAUUAAUAGUGUUUUAAUAAUCUGAUAUUUUAUAAACUUUAUCCGUGCUGUUGUAAUCAUCAAAUAAUUGAACAAUUCCAAAUAGGGUAAUUUGAAGCUAUUGAAUUUCCAACUUGUUUGUGAGAAUUAAAAGCAAUUCACAUUAUAUGUCAUGCUUCUUUGAGAAAUGUGCAGCUAUAUAAAAUAAUGUUUUAUUAUUACAUCUUGAAUAUUAUUUGCACUUAAAAGAAGCAUAAAUUUUCUUUCGAUUAAUAUUAACUAUGGAAAAAAAAUCAUAAUUAUUGUGCAAUUAAGAAUUUAUCAAUUAUUUUAUCAACUUCAAAAAAUUCUAUAUUUUCAAUAAAACUAUUUCGAUAAAAUUUAUAAGAAUAUUAUUUCUAAUAAAACAAAAUCGUUUGAAAUGAAAAUAGAUAUAUUAUCCGUUCUCGAAAUUAUUGCCAACUUAUUAUCAACUUGUAAAUCAAAUUAUGCAAAAAUUUAUGAAACAGUCCAGAAAUACAUACCAUGUAAAUGCGAAACACAAAGAAAUGUGAUCUUUGAAACGUGAUAUUUACACAAAAGUCGUGGUAUGUAUAUUACAUUACAUUAAACUCGCGUAGUAAAGUUUAAUCGAUGUAAAUUAAGUCAAACACAAUAAUGGAACUUAACCUAGCGAAAUUAUGCAUCACUCGCACGCUAAAUCUUAGCGCUAGUUGUUAGCUACGGACGAAUCAUAGUGUAUGCGUAAAGUUGUUCGCAUACAAGUUUUGCCCUCUCUCGUAACAUUUCUGAACUACAAAUGCAACAUGGAACGCAUUAGUUUUUACAAGACGCAAUCUUUAAGAAUUGUAUUAUAAAUAUUAUCAUUCGUGCAAAGAAAAAAAUCUUGAAGUUGGUGAGAAAAUGACAUUCUAAUUGACAUUCGAACCUAAUAUGACGUAUGAUUAUAUUGCAAGAUAUGUAAUAGAGAGAGAGAAAAAAAAGAAAUAUUACUAAUUGUUCCUUGAAGAAAUUGAAAGAAUCGAAGGAUAUUAACGACUUGAAUAAGCAAUGGAGGCUCGAGCGAAUUUCCUCUCGGCACAAAAUCGAUUCCCCGCCAACAACUGCGAUUCAUCAACGUUACGAUCGUUACUAGUGAUUCGCUUAAUAGUAAGCAUAAUUAUAUCGUUACCGCGUGAUUCAACGACGACAGACGUUCAAAAAGCCGUCACGCCGAUUUGUUCACGUUGAAUAAUACUCAAGGUACCGUUGUAUUAUAAAAUGAUCCCUUCCAAUUAUGUUAUACUGCGUUUUUAAUUUAACAUUUUUAAUUCCCUCCCUUUUGUUUAUAGACAUAUACAUAUAUUAUAAAUAUAUAUAUAUAUAUUUUUUUUUCUUUUCACACCCUAUUUUCCUAGUUAAUACAAAGCCUGAUUUUAAACAACGGAGAACGUCGAUGUUGUUUAUUAAGAUGGCGAUCCCAAUUUCAAGGUUACCAUGGUAACAAAAUAUAUCUGUUACGAGAUAUUUUCAACGAGAUGAUAUAUAAAUAAAUAAAUAAAUAAUUAAAUAAUUAAACUAAAUAAUACUCAAACAGGCCUGCACGUUGCCUGAAAGAAAAAGCGACAGGCUAAGCUUGCGCUUCAUAUCAUAAUUAAGAAAAAUUGAUAGAUUCUUUUUUUUAUAUAAAUGAAGUUAUUAAAGAUUUAAUAAAGAAUCUCGACUAUGUGUAUAUAGGAAACUGUACGUGUUGGCCUAUCCAGUACAAAAAAAAAUCGUUAUAAUAUUAUAGAUCACAGAUUAUUGUGUUAUGUGAAUAAUUACAUUUUAUGUUGUUAACGAAGUCGUAAUAUAUACACAUGUUUCUAUACAUAUAUAGAUAUACAGAUAUAUGUACGAAUAUAUAUACAUAUAUAUAAUAUGUAUACGCAUACAUACAUAGAUAUGUAUGCAAUUGCAUAUAAUGUUAACACAGCUCUCUCUUUCUCUCUCUGUUUCUCUCUCUCUCUCUCUCUCUUUCUUUUCUCUUUCUUUCUUAUUUUAUUUUCGUUUUACUCUUUUCUCAUUCUAUGUUUCUUAUCUUUCUACUUGUUUGCUCUCGCCAUGCAGCUGGAGAAGACUACUUAUAGAGGAUCGUUUUUGUUUUGUACUUAAGCGUGCUCGUACGCACCCGAACUAUGUUUUGUACCACGUGAAGAAUGGCAAUAAAGUAGUUGACCAAUUCCUUUUUUUAACACCGUGUAUAAUUGUAUUUCCACCUUCUUGUACUUCAUGUGUGUACUUGUACUUCAUGUACCUCCAUAGAUCACCAUAUAUCUUCACAUAUUUUCUCUCCAUGAUAUUAAAAUGCAUCAAAUUUAUUGAUUAAUUUUAUUUUAAUAAAAUAUAUUUAAAGAAUUAAGUUUAAAUAUUAUUAUUAAUCUCAUUUUAAAGGUAAGUUAUCUUUUUAAAUAAAAAGAUUUUAUAAUUAAACGACUUAAACAUAAAUAUUUUUUUGAUAAUUUCUUAAUAAUUUUAUUUUCUUUUUUUAAUAACAAUAAGAUCGCAGUAACAUUAAAAAAUUUAAUAUUUAUUAGAUAAAAAUUUGUUUCUUUUUCUCAAAUUUCAAAGAUCUAAAAAUUUAAUUAUAGAUAGGGUUAUUUAAAAAAAAAAAUUAAAAUGAUUAAGAUACUCUAUAAAGUGGUCCAUUUAUUAUAAGCAGGAAACUGGAAUACUCGAAGAUAGAGUAAUUUCCAAAAAGUUGUCUCUUAUAUUAGGACGGUAAUCUUAAAGUAUCAUACAACAUACAGAUAUACUUAAAUAAUAUUAACAAGAUUAUUCCAAUGAUACAUUAUAUUAUACGAAAUAAAAUUCUGAUUCUAUAUUUUAUAAAUCGUGUAAAGAUGAAGAAAUGUUGCAUUAUAGAUUUAAAAAAUGAUAAAUAUAUAAUUCCAAAAUAUACAUCCAAAAAAAGAAAGAAUGUUAUCAAAAUGCAAAGUAACAUUUCAUGGAAUAAUCUUAUCUAAUUAAUUAGGAAUCGAAGAGAUCCCACUAAAACUAGUAAAAAAAAUAGAAACUUUUAAAAUUUUCAUAAAAAAUAUAUUAUUAAAUUCCCAUUAAGUACGAAUAAGUUUUAUAUAAUUAAGAAAGCACACAUAGAUCUUUAAUAUAAUAACAAGCAUUUUAAAUCACAUUCCAUACAGUGGGUGAAAAAUCGCUCUUCACAUGUAGCAUUUUUUAAAAUAAUUAUUUAUUCACCAAUAUGAACAAGUAGAUCAUGUAGCAGGCUGUCGAUGACGACAUGAGCGCAGAUUUAUGAUUUAUAAGAAUUAAAUCGAGUUUCAAUGAUAGAUAAGUAGUAAUUAAAUAUGGUGAAAAUACUUUGUAUCAGUGUAUUUAUACGUGUAUUUAUAAUUGCAUCCGAUUCCUCAAAGUUAACACAUCUGUUGAACAAACGCGCUCUGGUCAUCGCGCAUCCGCGCCAUUUAAUUUCAUUCUAGAGCGUAAUAAAAAAUAUUCUUCGCUUUCCUAGUCAAUUUGCAUUUAAUUCUUUUAUUUUUUAUUUAUUUAUUUAUUAUUUUUUUUUUUUUUGAAAGUCAUUUGUAAGGCUCAAUGAUCACGGAACACGGGAAGCCUCGUUCUUCCAUUGACUACUACUUCUAAACCAUCCAUAGACUCUUCAUAAACUCUUCAAAACGAAAACAAUUCUUGUUAAUACACAUAUAUAGCACAUUGACAAAGAAUUUGAUUUUCCAUUGAAUAACAAUGUCAAGUUAGAAUUUAUAAUUAAUUUUUUACAACGAUAAAAGAUAUCAAUUCGAAUAAAACAUGAUCAUAAUUGCUAUAUCAUUUUUUCAAAAUUGAUAUCGUUUUAAGUUUAAUGUAACGAGUUAUAAAAUGUUUUAUGAUAUAAUUAUAAAGACAUUUAAUAACGUAUGAAGAUAAGUAUAUAUAUAUGUAUAUAUAUAUAUAUAUUUUUUUUUAUUUAGGAUAAAUUUAAGAAUCUUAAGAAGAUAAUGGCAGCUACCUGUGUCCCGCAUAAAUUAAUCCAGGAAUGAUCUAAAAAUGUUACCGCAUUAAUUCAAAAAACUGUUAAAGAAGAUUGGAUCCUCUUGUUAUCACACGAAAAUAGAUAGUAUUGUCGAAGCACGAGUCUUAUCGAAGAAUAUUGAUAGUCAGAAUUCGUAUGUCAUAGGAAUACAUCGAGGUAAUACCAUUUCAGAUGUUUAAUAUUAUCGAGGUCCAAUGUAUAAGGUCCGGGAGAAAACGCCACCGAGGUAAAAUAUCUAUUUUCAAAGCGUGUGUGCCCUACAUUCACAAAUUCGUGGUGCAAAAAAUAGGUUGAAACAUUAAGGUACGUAUCAACGAUAUAUUAUAUUAUGCGUUAUAAAAAAUCGCCAUAGUGCAAAUAAAUUCGAUAAAAUAAGGAAAUUAAUUGCCAUCUUCUUGUGUAACAUGAUCUUCGUUAGAGGAAACGCAAAUUUCUGAUACAAGCUCUUGUCAUCGUACAAAAAUCAACUCUUUGAAUUAAUCAAUACAAAAAUCUUGCACCUCUCUUCAAAUCGAAAAAAAAAAAAAAAAAAUAAAAAUAAA